AUGUAUAUUAUGCAUAAUUUACAGUAUUAUUUUCAAUUUUAUUUAUUUCUUUACAUUCAAUUAUUAAUUGAUUACACAAGUUGUUAUUCAUUUAAUCAAACCAAUUCAAAGGAAUUAUUUUAUUCUAUCAAUGAAGAAUCAGAAAUUGGUUCUUAUAUAGGUAAUUUAAAAUUAGAUGCAGAAAAGAAAUUUUUUAUGAAUUUAAUGAUGAAUGAGAAUAAUUUGCCCACCUUUGAACUAUAUGAUGAUACAAAUAAAAAUUUAUUUCGUAUUGAAGAAACAAGUGGAAAAUUGUUUGUUGCAUCACGUAUUGAUCGUGAAACAUUAUGUCCACAACCUGAUAUGAUUGCAGAAGAAUUCAAUGGAUUAUUAUUGAAUGAUCAACGUUCAAUCUUGUCAUCAUCAUCAUCAUCAUCUUCAAUGAUGGACAGUAGAUCAAAUGAAAUUUUACCACCGAAAGAAUGUCAGAUUCACUUGACAGUUUGUAUUUCACGUAUACAUUGGAUUAAUGUAAUCAUUACUAUCCAUGAUAUCAAUGAUCAUGUACCUUAUUUUUUUCAACUUACUUCUUCAUCGAAUCCUAAUGUUUCGGAAAAAUCAAUCUAUACUGUAAAUGUGUCGGAAUCGGUUAGUUCCGGUUAUGAAAUACCAUUGAUGAUUGCUAAAGAUCCAGAUAAAGGUAUAAAUUCUGUUCAAUCAUAUUCACUGCGUGGUGAUGAUUUUCAUUCUUCACUAUUUUCAUUAUCAUAUCGACCACCGUACAGUUUAAAUCUUGUUAUUUUAGGUGAAUUAGAUGCAGAAAGUAAAAAUAUUUAUACCGGUGAAUUGAUUGCAUGUGAUGGUGGUCAAAUCAUACCGAAAUGUGUGAAUCAACCAUUUCAAGUUCAUGUAACCGACAUUAAUGAUAAUAAACCAAUAUUUAAUCAAUCUGUUUAUGAUAUUGAAAUUUUAGAAAAUAUUACAAUUAAUUCAUUAAUAAUUAAAUUAAAUGCAACUGAUGCUGAUUCUAGUCAAAAUAGUAAAUUAUUUUAUAAAUUUGGUCGAUCAAUUAGUCAGCCGUCUUUGGAACAUUUUAAAAUCAAUAAUGAUACUGGAGAGAUCUAUUUGAAAGCAUCGUUAAAUGCUAAAGAAAAUAGUAUAUUUAUUUUACCAAUUAUAGUACAGGAUAGUGGAACAAUACCAUUAGUUGGUCAGACUGUAGUUCGUAUUACUGUAAAAGAUACCAAUGAUCAUGCUCCAUGGAUUGAAAUCCGAUCAACACAAGAGGGUAGUUUACAAAAGACAUCAGUGAAUAAUAAUAAUACUGUGAGUAAAGUUAACCAAAGUGAUCAUCACGAAGCACAGUUAUCAAUAAAUGAAAAUCAACCGGCUGGAUCAAAUAUUGGUUUAAUUAUUGCUGGAGAUGAUGACAUUGGUGAGAAUAGUGAAGUGAUUUGCACUUUAAAAUCUAAAACUGAAGAUUUUCAACUUGAACAUGCGAAUUCUGCGAAAGGUCGUGAAAUCUAUCGUCUAAGUGCAACUAAAUCAUUUGAUCGUGAAGCGAUGAUAGAUGGGACGGUGAAAAUUGUUAUUACAUGCCAAGAUAAUGGUAAACCAAGUCGAACAACUGAACAAAUCAUUUUAUUGAAUAUAUUGGAUUUAAAUGAAUACAGACCAACGUUUACUAGAGAAAAUCGAAUCAUCAAGCAUAGUAUGCUUGAAGAUCAACCAUUAGACACAUUUUUAUUACAAAUUCAUGCCAGUGAUGCAGAUUCUACUCCAGAAAUACAAUAUCAUAUAUCAAGUGAGGCACAAUCCUAUUUUCACAUAGAUCCUGAUACCGGUGUGAUAACUACAAAAGCUAUACUAGACAGAGAAACUAUGCCUCAAAUUAGAUUUCUUGUUUAUGCUACUGAUCAGUAUUCAUCUGAAUCCAUUCAAGAUAAUGAUUUAGCUGUUGCAAAUGUCACAGUGGAACUAACUGAUAAAAAUGAUAAUGCUCCAGAACUUAUCGGUAGUAAAACAUUUCAAAUAGUUGAAAAUCGUCCAGGAUUCUCUGAUUUACUUGGUCAACUUAUUUCAAUUGAUCAAGAUAAUGGAAAUAAUGGAACAGUGCAUUAUAAAUUAAUAUCAGUUAGUGAUAGUAAAAAAAAUAGCAUGCCUAAUGAAUUAUUUAUGAUUAAUAGUGAUAGUGGUAAAAUAUUUGCUACGAAAAAACUUGACAGAGAAGAAAAUAAUCAAUAUGAAUUGAUUAUCUUAUUGCAUGAUCUUGGAACACCUGUUCAACGUAGUUCAACAGCUACUGUAUUUGUUAAUGUGCUUGAUGAAAAUGAUAAUACACCACAAUGGGAAGAAAUAUUACAAGCUUCAAAAGAUGAAUUUUCUCAACAGACUAACAUACUCAAACGACCACAUAUGAUCGGUUUAGGUACAGUAACAGAUUUAGGAAUAAUGAAUAUAACUACGCCAAUUUAUCGAGGACAACAAAUCUUAAUUUUAUCAGCUAAAGAUGCUGAUGACGUGCAUAAUGCAAAUUUAACAUUUCAACUGAUUAAAGUACAACUAUUGAAUGAGGAUUACAUACAAAGUAUGGAUAAAACUCUAUACGACAACAGAAUCCAUUCUACAAAUUCUUACACUGCUUCAUCAACAAAUUCACCAUAUUUUAUGGUAAUUAGUAAAACUGGUGAGCUAGUCGCUGGUCCUGGACAAAAAGGUACCGGGUUAACUGGUAGUGGAAUAUAUGAAUUAUAUCUACGUGUAUGUGAUAAUGGCAAUCCUCCUUUAGAUUCUAAUGCACGUUUAUUUCUUCAAGCGUAUCAAUCGGUGAAUUCAGCUUUCACUGAUAAAUUUGGUGAAAAAGGUUUUCUAGGAUAUUUACUGACAAAUGGUCAUUUAGGAAUUAUGUUAGUUAUCAUUCUACUGCUAAUUAUGUGCCUUACAUCAAUAUGCCUUAUUAUUGUGUUCGUUUCAAUUCGACGUAGAUCAAGUCAACAACAACAACAACGACAACGUCAAAUCAGUCGGAAAUUGUCAAAAUAUGAUAAAACAAACGCAUUUCCGCUUCGUUUGAAUGAUGAAUUAAUUAUUGAAGAAAAUGUCAAUUUAGACGGUACAAUUAGUAAUUUAGGCAAGCUAUACCAUUCACCAAUUAUGAACACAAUAUGCCAAGGAGAUGGUGAAAGUUUAUACAAAUGGAAUCCAGAAUGUGGUGGUUAUACAAUGGGAAAUUUUGGACCACCACCAAUCUAUAAUUUUUGUGCAUUGAACACAUUAGACAGAAUGCGAUCUAGUCAUACAGAUAGUGAUAAAAGUAGUUCAGCAUUAAUGCCAACUGAAUUCCCAUGUCCGAUGAAUCAUUAUUGUGAAGAUGGACCAAUAAUAAAUAGUGAACAGAAAAUAUUUUAUGGUUAUAAAUCUCCACUUAGAACAAUAUCAAGCACUGAUGGAUUAGUAGGAUGUAACAAUUUUAAUAGUUACACGGAAACAUGUUUAAUUCCUACAACAACAAUACAAUCAGAAUCAAAUGGUCAACCUCAGAUGAAUGUCACUGUUUCAGAAGUUGAUGGAGGAAGUGCUGAUUCUGGACAAGGAGCCAGUGAAGAAGAACCUGUGAAUCAUGAAAUGUCAAAGAUUUGGUCAAAAUAUACACGUCCAUAUAAUUCAAAAGAACUUUUACUAACCAAAACACAAUGCAGUCCAAUAUCCUCAUCCAAUGGUUGUUUGAUUGAUAGUCCAACUAACAAAAAUGGCAAUCAUUGCUCUCUAAACGAAUCAACUCCUUGUACACAAUCUAAUUUGCCUACAAUGAAUACAUUUACAAAUCAUCGACUAUCAUUGAACAAACAAUUUAUUUAUGCAAUACAACAUAAUGGCAAUUCAAUAAACUCACAGGUUCAAACACCAAUUUCCAAAGAUACUACUACACUACAACCAAGAUGGCGUAAACCAUUGUUUAGCAAUACAGACUUAGGACAUCAUAAUCAUUUGUUUGACGAAUUUCCAUUGACAAAACUAUCUGUUAAAAAUCAUUCAUCAACACUUCCAUUAGGCAAUAAAACAAUGUUAACUGGUAACAAUAAAUUUGAUCAAAAUCAUUCAAUAAAUCCUUAUAUUGAUUUGACAAAUACUACUACUACUACUACUACUACUACUGCUACUACUACUACUACUACUACUACUACUGCUACUACUACUACUACUACUACUACUACUACUACUACUACUACUACUGCUACUACUACUACUACUACUACUACUACUGCUACUACUACUACUACUACUACUACUGCUACUACUACUACUACUACUACUACUACUGCUACUACUACUACUACUACUACUACUACUACUACUACUACUACUACUACUACUGCUACUACUACUACUACUACUACUACUACUACUACUGCUACUACUACUACUACUACUACUACUACUGCUACUACAACUACUACUACUACUACUACUACUACUACUACUACUACUACUACUACUGCUACUACAACUACUACUACUACUACUACUACUACUACUACUACUACUACUACUGCUACUACUACUACUACUACUACUACUACUACUACUCACACUACUACUACUACUGCUACUACUACAACUACUACUAUUUUUACUAUUACUAUUACUACUACUAUUACACAAAUUGCUACCCAAAAAAUUUACUUCUUACAAAUAAUUAAUAUUCAAUCACUAGCAUUCUUAAAGUAA